UUCCACAACACGGAAGUGCGGUGCAGCGUAGCGUUCUGUUUCUCCAGAAAUAAAUGUUUCUCUUUGCCACAGACUGCUAAAUUACAUCUAGCUCCAGUUAUGAAAGUGAAUGUCAGUAGCUUAAUGUAAGAGUGUAUAUUGCCAUUCAAGUGUUAAAGAAAACUCACGGAUAUAACGAGUUUGGGACAUAUCUAAUCCACCAUGGAACCCACAGCUUCUGGAAUAUUCUGUAACAGAAUGCUUAGCAUGGUAAACUCUGAGGAUGUCAACGCCAUCAUCCAAGCCCAGAGGCACAUGCUGGACCGCUUUGAGAAGACCAAUGAGAUGCUGAUCAACUUCAAUGGACUUUCCAACGUGCGGCUGCAGCAGAUGAAUGAACACUUCCUGCUUCACACGCGCACCCUGGUGGAGAUGAAGAAGGACUUGGACAGCAUCUUUAGGAGAAUCAGGACUUUAAAGGGCAAGAUCGCCAAGCAGUACCCAGAGGCCUUCAGCAACGCCCACGAGUCGCCGGUCCUGGAGGACGACGAGUUUGAUCCCAUCCCGCCCAGUGUCGCCACGAUGAUCACCGCCACCAUGUCGGGGCAGAGCACCGAGUCAUGUGACACGAGCCCCGACUUCAUUUCCCCGAAUGUAAGCCGGUGUUCCGAAGACCUCUCCCAGGAUCAGGCCGAAACGCCCACCUCUGACCAAGGCCUGCCUAGCCCUGAAACGGACAUGCUGAGGGACGAGGGCCCGGACUCAGUACCUGCAGAGUAGAGCCUCCGUAACCCAGGCCUAGAGCGCUACUCAGUACCUGCAGAGUAGAGCCUCUGUAACCCAGGCCUAGAGCUCUACUCAGUACCUGCAGAGUAGAGCCUCCGUAACCCAGGCCUAGAGCUCUACUCAGUACCUUCAGAGUAGAGCCUCCGUAACCCAGGCCUAGAGCUCUACUCAGUACCCAUAGAUUAGAUAGAAGCAGCAGGAGGUCAAUGUGAUUGAUUUGGCUUUUAGAGUUUUGGCCAGUUAUCUGGUUUGUCGGGUUUGAAUCAGUAGCUGAUUUGAUGGUCAGGAUUUAAACCAGCACACUGACUGCUGUUCACUUGUAAACGCCAAGAUUGUGUCCAAAGAUCCCUUUUGUUAGACACGCUUGUCCAUCACUCGCCACUAACAAUGAAGAAGAUACUUGAAUGUGUGUUGUGGUUGUGAAGAACUGUAUCCUUAAUUACUGACCACAGGAGGACUGCACCCAGCUAGUCAUUUGUUUGUAUGCACAGGAGUCGCUCUCUCAUUAAUAAUGGUUGAGCGUGGAAAUAUGCACUCAUUUAAAGAGGUAGUGAGCUUUGUUGGUCAUGGGUAAGCCUAUUGGAAGCCAGCUAAUCGCAAUAGUACGGCCUACCAAAAUAUGUUUACAUUUUUUUAGUGACACACCUCCGUGUUAUUUGCCCUAUUAAAACUAGAGCCUGACCGAUA